GUCGGAUAAUAUUUUCAAGAAUGCCAGAUCAAGCGUAUCUUCAUACUAUGCCGAGGUGGCAUGGGCAAUGGAAUGUUACUGUGACAUAAUAAACAAGAUUUGAAGAUAUCAUCAUGUCGGAUGAUAUCCCAGCCAAACGACGAAAAAUUGGGACAGAAGAAGACCCUUGCUCUUCCAAAGGACGUUAUUACGAUGAGUUUGAAGGUCUAAAAAACACCAUUGUUCGGCAUUAUCUCUCUGAAAAUACCAAACUGACGCUAGGGCCAUUUUUUCAAAAGGAAAAUCCAGACCUUGAUGACUUUUACGUUCCACCAACACUUUCUAAAGUUUUGCCAGUGAGGUUGGCUACUGGAUAUACCAGUUACAAAAAAGAACCUAUAACAAGUCUAGAGCAACUAUUGAACCCACUUGGCAGGCGCAAAAGAUUUACCUGCAUCACAUCAAAUGCUGGAUUGGGCAAGACCUCGUUCUGCAAAUUUUUAGCUCGAUUAUGGUGUGCUGUAAAGAAAAACGACCAUCACCUCUUGGAUGCAUUCAAAGGGAAGGCGGAUUACUUGCAAGACGUAGAAUACUUAAGAAAGUUCGACUACCUCUUUUCUGUCAGCAUAAAAGAUGUCGAAAGCAACAAUGUGAAUAUAGACGAUAUUAUAUUUAGCCAUCUGCAAAACAAAAUCGAUGAUUCAUGGGUAAGUGAAAACGACAAAAAGAAACUACAACAAGACUUGAGAGAGAAGCAUAGUUUAAUCAUAUUAGAUGGUUUAGAUGAGAAAAACAUGUCAAAGUUCACGCCUCCCCUUGAAUCUAGGAACUACACAAUUAUUUGUACUUCUCGUCCUUGGAAACUUGGCGCCUUGGGCAUGUCUACAUCGACAUACACAGAAAUCCAGCUUGAGGAAAUGAACUUGGAAAUUGAGAAAGAGCUAGAAUGCUUCGAAGUGUUGUGCGAAUUUCAACAAGAUAAAGAUGAUCUACCAACGGGUUUUGAUAAAACUAAAAUAUGCAACCGCAUACCAUCAUUCGUCCUCAGUCUUGGAAAUUUUGAUGCAAAGUUUGAAGAUCAUGGCCAGAACGGAUUGUUGGCCUUGCAUCGGGAACGCCCAGGUGCAAGCCUUCCAGUGAAUGACGUCAAAGAAAUCUACCGCCCGCUCAAAGGUCACGUGCACAUCAACAUAGAGACGACAACAAAGCGAUUAAGGAAUAGUUUGAUAAAACCUUCAACAGAACGACAUAGGAGACUGACGUGGACCUUUUACCCGAACAACAUUGGGCAGUCAAGUAUCGCCCCCUCCCCCUCACCUCGCCCCGGCAGACCCCAUUUCCGGAACUCCACGUCUUCCUGA